UUAUCAAUUAAACCUUUGAGUGGGAAAGCUUUUAAAAUAAGAGUUAAUCCUACAGAUACAAUUUAUCAAGUCAAACAAAAAAUUCAAGAUGAACAAGGAAUUCUUCCUGAAGUUCAACGUCUUUUAUUUCAAGGGAACCAAUUAGAGAAUGGUAGAAGUUUAACCAGUUGUGAAAUUCAAGAUAAUACGGAAAUAUUUUUGGUUUUGAGACAAAGAGGAGGA